UAAAAAAAAAAAAAAAAAAAACCGAAAGGAGCCAUCAUGCGCUGAGCAUUUCCGUUUUAUCACUGUGGCUGUACCGUUGACGGCUCAGGCGUGCUACACACCUUACGAACCUACACAUACAGACCUAGGUAAUCGACCAAUCUCACAAAGCGGCUGAACAAGUGUUCACCCUUUCUCUUCACCAGCCAGCCCAUCAGCUUCUAACGUUAGCUCUUCUCGCAAUCCAGUAUCCCACAAAUAUGUCUCCUCAAGAUACGCCAACGGCCCUCGUGGUCACAACGACUGUUCUCUCAACUGUUGCAUUUCUCGCUAUCGCCCGCGCACUUCUCUACCCCGUGCGCCCGAAAACCAUCCGCAAUCCGCUCAAGGCGGGCGUGUACGAUAAGGCCAAUGCUGAUAAGUUGAAGAAUCUUGUUUAUCAGCCUGAUCAGUUUCCUGGUGCUCGAGAUAUAGAAACCCCAUACGGAAGCAUUCGUGUUUACGAGUUUGGCCCUGAGAAUGGUGAAAAGGUCUUCUUUGUGCACGGCAUCAGCACACCCUGCAUCACUCUCGGGCCUAUAGCUCUUGGGCUCGUCAAGCGGGGAUAUCGUGUGAUGCUCUUUGAUCUCUUUGGGCGUGGUUUCUCCGACGGUGUCGCUGAUAUACCACACGAUGCCCGUCUCUACGUCUCCCAAAUGCUGCUUGUCUUGGCUUCUAGCCCUCUUGCAUGGACCGGUACAGGCGCCUUUCGCCUUGUUGGCUAUUCUCUCGGCGGUGGCAUCGCAGUUCAUUUUGCCAAUGCGUUUCCUAACCUCGUGCGCGAUCUCGUGCUCCUCGCGCCUGCGGGUUUAAUCCGCGCCGCCUCCUUUGGCCGCGUCUCUCGAUUCCUCUUCGUCUCUGGCCUCGUCCCGGAGCGCAUUCUGGCCGUCGCUACACGCAGUCGUCUUCAAAAGCCUAUCGCCGCUUCAGCCAAGCCACCCCCCAAGACGCCCAUCGAGGCUGUCACUACGCCACCACUCAAUGUUGCCGAGGCAGAGGUGGUUCCAGCGUCCGGUGAGGCCGUUACGCCGUUGGAGCAACGUGUCAUGGAGUAUGUGCGCUGGAUGGUCACCCAUCACAGUGGCUUCGUCCCCGCGUUCAUGUCGAGCAUUCGCUUUGCACCCCUGACCGAUCAGCAUGAAGCCUGGGCCAAGUUGUCCAAGCGUGCUCCUGGCACUACAGCUGUUUUACUAGCUAGAUCUGACGAGAUCAUUGAUCCCGAGUCCUAUCGCCGGGAUGCACUAUCCCUCGUUGGCGGUGAGCACCAUGUCCGCUGGCGAAUUCUUCCAGGGAGCCAUGAUUUUGUUAUGACGCAUGCGGGAGACAUCCUUAGCGAGAUUGACGACAUGUUCAAUACUAACAAGGUGUGAAGAUGGUCGGGUUUUAUUGUAUCUCUGUUUGAUGUCAUCUACAACAGGGCUCCAGACAUUUACAAGGUGCCAGAGCAGGGAGUUGAGUUCAGGAAGUUGUUAUAUCCAUGCCCUUUAUUUUUCCAGGAUAGAACAUAGAGCAGAGAGCGAUUGGGAUGUUUCAUUUUGCACUCGCUUCCGUUAUUAACGAUCUAAGGAUUGACUUUGACACUAUAUUCAAUCAGCACACUCCCGCCAUCUAUCUCAGUCGCCGAGCAAGAAUAUGUACUCACCAUGUUCCAGUAGACGCCCCGCCUCUUCAGUAACUCUGCAUGAC